AUGAAUCAACAAGUUAUGGAACCAGAUCUCAAAGUUGGCACUUGUAUCCCAUACGCCGAUACAGAAGGUCCACCAAAAGACUCUCAUUUAGUUGUCUGGCUGGAUAGUCAUAUCGGCCAACCAAUGAAUAAUACUGAAAUGAAAAGCAAAUUUGAAAAACAAUUACAAUCGAUCAAGCACAAGUCUGAAGAUGUUACAGCCGAAGAAACAAUAUCCUAUAUGUCACCGCAUUCUGAUAUAAAAUCAGCACUGGCUAAACAUGAAAUGAAAUUUAACCAUAAAACAAAUUAUAAUGAUUGUAAUAUCUUGUACAAAGACAAUUCUGUUCAAAGAUUGAAGAUUAAGGAAUCAUUAGCUAUUAUAGCAUUGAAACCGGAUUUAAAUGUAACUACUCGAUCCAUUCCAUUUUUUGUUUCACCAGAUGGUUGGAAGAAUAAAAAGAAGGUGAAAUUUAAAUUAAAACAAAAUUGA